AUGACGAGGACACGGCGUCCGCCCCGGCGGUCGAACCGGGACAUGCGGUUCGCCCAAGGACCGGAAGGAACCUCAAGGGUCUCCGAUCCGCCGAGCUCUGAGCCGCAAGGGGGCGGAUACCGUCUGAUUGCGGCCCAGCAACCGAGCACAACCCUAGGCCCCGGCCCGAUUCGAUACCCCCCGCUGCCCGCCGCACCACCUCCCCCCAGUGCCCAUACCGUGCCCCCGGCACCCGUCCAGACACAUUUCGAAACGUCGACAGUCGAUGAGGGGGAUGGGACUGCCGAAGUUGCAGGGCAAGAGUUGAUUGGCGACGAAACCGCUACGUUAGCCGAAUACCCCUAUUCGAUAUACAAUCACGGCACAUGGACGGCCGACGAUGAUAAGACGUUGAUCCAAGCGCGCUCGCGCGGGCAGAACUGGGCCGACCUCCAACGAACGCAUUUCCCGACGAAGACGGCGAACGCGUGCCGAAAGCGGUACGAACGGCUGGUCGAGCGGCGAGGAAUACAUGACUAUAGCGGGCGGAGGUUGGAGAUGGUGGCCAGCGAGUACAUGACGAUGCGGAAAGAUGUCUGGUCUGGGUUGGCAGAUCGUGUAGGGAUGAAGUGGGAGGUAGUCGAAGCUCUGUGCAUGGGGACGGGGUUACGGACAAUCCAGUCCAACGCUCGAUCAUACACCAACCGAGCCAGACGAGAUAACAGGAUCUCGCAAAAGACGCGGGAGGCGCAGGCGGAAGUUGUGACCAGCACAGGAUCUGUGGGACUUCCGCUUCCGUUACUGCCGGUGGGUAGCGAGUUCGGGACCGCCUUUACCAACCACGCCGUUGAGCCGGAUAGAAGUUCAGCGGUAGCAGACCGGAGCAUGCCGCCGCCCCCAUUCUUUCCGACGAGCGGACCGCCUCCCAGCACGCGUUUACCCCCGAUGGUACUGGCGCCACAAGUGCCUUUUCGGGGAUAUCCUGAUGGGAACGCAAGGUUGAUGUCCGGCCCGGCCAACACGGGCGCCCCAGCCCCUGAGCCUCCGCCGGGCACUGGGCCUCCGAUCUGGUAG